AUGUCAGCAGGCGAAUCUAGUAUCAGCGAGCGGACGCAACGGGAUGCCUCCACGAGUCAACAGAGAGCGACGAAUGUGGGCGGCAAUUUCGCGUGCUCCUUUUGUCCCUUGAAGGAACAGUACGAUUACAAAGGAGCGAGGCCACCGUUCGCUCGGCAUUUGGUUUAUUCGGAAGAAUGUUAUAUCAUGAAGGAUCCGUUUAGUUUGCCGAACAGAGGCGAAGUCCUGGUCUUGGGCGCCGAUUGUAGCGUGUGCAAGCACGCCGUGUGUCUAGGAUGCAGCAUAUUUUACACGAGGCGUUUCUGUCCGAAAUGCGCGUCUAGUAAUGUGCAGUAUUUACCACCCCAGUUACACGGUAAAAUCAGGAACUUAACGAAGCAGGCAAAUUCUUGA